AUGCAGACACCAAAAGCAAAACCUAGCUCUUUGGAAGUGCCUCAGAAGAAAUCUCCUGCAACACCUCGAACUCGCCAGCUGAAGACACCUGGAUCAGAAACUGACUCUGUCUCUCCAAAUCCUGCAAGUAGGACCCCAAAAGACAGAAGUCCUAAAGUCACUGAAAGGAGAUCACCACGAAGUACAGCAACUGAGAAGAAGCGCCCAAGCAGAAUAUCUGAAUUGGAAUCACAGCUUGCACAACUUACGGAGGAUCUGAAAAAGGCAAAAGAUCAACUAAACACAUCAGAGUCAUGGAAGAGGCGAGCCCAGCAGGAAGCUGAAGAUACCAAGAAGCAGGUUUUAACCAUGUCUGCAAAACUGGUUGAAUCACAACAGCAAUUGAUGGAGCUUUCUAGUUCUGAAGAUGUUCGUGUUCAAGAGCUCCGUAAAGUCUCCCAUGAUCGAGAUAAAGCUUGGGAGUCUGAACUGGAGGCUCUGCAGAAGCAGCACUCUAUUGAUUCAGCUGCUUUGGCUUCUGCCAUGAACGAAAUUCAGAGGCUCAAAACUCAGAUGGAAAUGGUAGUAGAAUCUGAAGCUUCCCAAACAAAACAUGCUGAAUCAGCGUAUGCUGAAUUACAAGGGUUGAGACUGGAACUAACUGAAACUCUCUCCCUUGUUGAAAAAAUGAAAACUGAGCUCAGUGAUACCAGGGAAUCUGAAGCUCAAGCCCUAGAACUUGUUAGUAAAACUCAAAAGCAACUGGAAGAAGCAAAUGCAACUGCUGAAAUGCUGCGGGCAGAUGGCAUCAAAGCCAUGGAGGCUUACAGAUCCUUGUCAUUGGAGCUAGAACAAUCAAGAACUCAAGUAAAAUCUUUGGAGGAACUAGUGAGCAAACUGCAAGCAAAUCUGGUGAACAUCGGUGAUAAAACAGUCAUGAAUCCUACAGGGGAUGAUCAAGUUUCACAGGAAAGUGUAGAUAAUGAGGAAACCAAACAGCUCAAAGCAGAGAUGAACCUUUUGAAACAUGAAGUAGGUCAGUUGAGAUCUGCACUAGAAGCAUCUGAGACCAGGUACCAGGAAGAAUAUAUUCAAAGCACAUUGCAGAUUAGAAGUGCUUAUGAACAAGUUGAACGUACAAAGUUGGAAUCAGGCCAAAGAGAGGCUGAAUUGGAAGCAGAAGUGAAGAAAGCCAAAAAUAAUAUUGAAGAAUUGAGGGCUAACCUGAUGGAUAAGGAAACUGAAUUGCAGGGCAUUUCUGAGGAGAAUGAGGGUCUGACUUUGAAGAUUAAGAAAAAUCAGCCAAGUGAGAGAGAAUCUGAGCUUGCAAUGGAGCUGAACAAGUUAGAGCAUGAUCUGGCAGAGUUGAAGGCAAGCUUGUUGGAUAAGGAAGCACGGUUGCAGAGUGUAGCUGAGGAAAAUGAAACACUCAGGACAGAAAUCAAGGAAGGGGAAAUGGAGCGAAGUAAAGUUAAUGAUGAAGCUGUUGCUUUGGCAGAAACUGCAAGGGCUGCAGAACGUGAGGCUCUGAUGAAACUUGGUUAUGUGACAGAGGAAGCAGACAAAAGUAGCAGAAGAGUAGCACGGGUGACUGAGCAGCUGGAUGCAGCCCAGGCAGCAAACACAGAAAUGGAGGCUGAAUUGAGGAGGUUAAAGGUGCAGUCAGACCAGUGGAGAAAGGCUGCUGAGGCAGCUGCUACUAUGCUUUCCACUGGGAACAAUGGUAAAUUUGUAGAGAGAACAGGUUCACUUGACAACAACUAUAAUCCUGUUGCUGGAAACAUGGAUUCGCCUUACUCUGAAGACAUGGAUGAUGACUCACCAAAGAAGAAAAACGGGAACAUGUUGAAGAAAAUUGGAGUCUUGUGGAAGAAGGGUCAGAAUAAGACACGUGGUAUGGGAGCUGGUCGCAAGCUCAAGUCCCACCGCCGAAGGCAGAGGUGGGCUGAUAAGGCUUACAAGAAGUCCAACCUUGGCAAUGAAUGGAAGAAACCAUUUGCUGGUUCAUCUCAUGCCAAAGGCAUUGUUCUUGAGAAGAUAGGUAUUGAGGCCAAGCAGCCUAACUCUGCUAUCAGAAAGUGUGCUAGAGUUCAACUAAUCAAAAAUGGAAAGAAGAUUGCUGCUUUUGUUCCAAAUGAUGGUUGCUUAAACUAUAUUGAAGAAAAUGAUGAGGUGUUGAUUGCUGGAUUUGGACGUAAAGGUCAUGCUGUGGGAGAUAUUCCUGGUGUUAGAUUCAAGGUUGUGAAGGUAUCUGGUGUCUCACUUUUGGCACUUUUCAAAGAGAAGAAGGAGAAGCCAAGGUCUUAA